AUGCGUGAUGAUUCCCAGUCUCGUGCCCCGCGUCCGCCUCCAGGGGCCUUUGGCCGACGUCGUGCUGGCACGAACCCUGGGUCAAACCGUUCGUCCAUGGCCAGCUUUGACGGCAUGAACAGCGAAGAACUGUGGCGCCUCGAAGACUCGACGCCCGACAUGAGCAACCCAACACGCCCAUCUCAAGAGCGACCACUUGACACAGUCAACAGGAUGACGAACAGAUGGGAUCCAGUCCCCCUCCCCGAGGCGCUCUGGCCCACUGCACCAAUGGACAUGCCCGACUACCUUCCUCCGCCAAAGACCAAGUCGUUGACCAACGUUACCAGUAUCAGGAAACGUGGGACGCUGCGCAAGAGUGCAUCCCGGGCGUCGACAAUCGACAACAGCCUGGCACCAAUCCCACCCAAAGACACACUGUCAUCGGCGCAUUCAUCGGCCACGGACCUGUCUAUCAACAUGAACAAGUCGCAGGCAUCGCUUUCGUCACGCCCGCAGUCGAUGAUGCUUGGGCCCUAUGGGUUUGAUUUACUGAGCACCCUCGCUCCUCGUGACGGCGGUUAUGCGGUGGCAGCACAACUGAGCCAUAACAACACGUUCUCGCCAACGAGUUCCGGGGGGAGCGACCGCGGAUCCUUCUACGGCUCGCCGCCUCCCAACCCUCAUCGCCAAUCCCGUGGCCCUCCAGCUCCAGCGAUGAUGCGUUACGACGACGAUCUGUCACCGCCUCUGACUGGCCGCCUGUCCACUACAACGACGUCGUCCAACCUGUCGACCUACUCGCAGGAUGAGGCACUUGAUGGCACCGCCCCUACCAUGACUGCUGCUCACAUGUCUCUACCGACUAUGAAGAGCCCUCUCAGCCAGCAUACGACUGCUGCCGAAGUCGCAUCAAUGCACCCUCCCAUGACUCCGGUCGAGGAGAACAGUAGGCGCGAAUGGCCCGUGCACCGUCAAAGCGCCGCGCCUGCGUCAAUGCCCAUGGGUACCGCGCUUGCUGGCGCCGGUGCUGCCGGUGCUGCUGCUGCUGCUGCUGCUGCUGGUGCUGUCGGUGCUGCCGGUGCUGCCGGUGCUGCUGGUACUGCUGAUGCUGUCGGUGCUGUAGGUGGUGCUGCGCUCACCAAGUCUAAGACCAAGAAGGAGAUCAAGGCCGAGGAGAAGGCCAAGGCCAAGGCAUCCAAGCUCGAGGCCAAGCGGGAAGCCGAUCGUCGUGAGCAAGAGGCAGCUCGCCAGAAGACUGCUGCUGCCAAGGAGGCGGCCCACCAGAGAGAGGAGAAGGCCAAGGAGGCAGCUCGCGUCAAGGCCGAGGACAAGGCCAGAGCCAAGGCCGACAAGUCUUCCAGGAGACAGUCCAUGUUCGGCUUGUCAAGCCGCUCGACGAGCGCAUCCGCGCCGACCGCCUCAUCUGACCCUCCGCUCGCUAUGCAACCUGCCCAGCAGCCUGCGCAACAGCAGCGCGCCACGGCGCCGCAGGCGGCGUCUCAGGCUCGUCCUCCUGUCUCUCCCCAGGCAACCCCUCAAGUUCGCGCUCCUGUCCCGCCUCAGAUGCCUGUCGCUCCGGUCGUGCCCGCCAAGGAUGGCCCUGUGCGUGACGGCACUGUUAUGCCUAACGGUGUUCCAAACGGCUCUGCGGCUCCAGUGCCCAAUGGUAAUGUCCCCAACGGCUCGGCCAUUGGUCGUGGGCCCCCUCCUGCGAUCGUCGUCCCACCCCGCAUGAGCAGCAACAGGUUUGUGUCAGCUGGUUCUGCCCCUGCUGCUGCUGCGGCGGCUGUGGGCGCCGCCGGCGCCGCCGGUGCGGCAGUGAUCGCUUCUCAGGUGCACCACCAAGCCCCUCCCUCGCCCCAACACCCGACUCCUGCGCCUGUGCCUGUGUCUGCGCAAACGCAAGCUCCUCCCCCCUCGUCACAGCAACUUUCCAAUGGGCCAGAGAGCAGGUCUAUGCCUCGCCCCAACCUUUCGCCUCAGCCUUCCCACCUCAACGCUGGUCCUCGCAAGAAUGGGCCCACGCCGCAGCAGUCGCUUCCGCCUACGCCGAUGUCCAGCUCCAACUCGACGACGCCCUCGGCGGCUAGCAUGGUGGCGUCUCGCGCCCGGACGCCAUCGGCUGUUAGCAUGACUCCAUCGAGUGCCCAGUCGGCCACUUCUUCAUCCCUCACUCCGACAAACGCGGCAACAGACUCUGGCUCUGCGACAUCGACUGCUCCCAAGCAGAAGAAGAGCGGUCUGUUCACCAACCUCAGGAAGCGAUUCUCCGUGAUUCAGCUCGACCACCACCCUGCUCCUCCUCAGAAGCAGCGCCCCGUGUCGAUGGCCGUUGGCGGCGAGCAGAACCAGCAGCGCAACGUCUCUGCGCCACCCGCGCCUCCAGUCCACAGGGCUCCCGUGGCAGCUGCUCCUCCCGUCACCCGGCCUCAGCUCAACUCGCUUCCUCCUACGCCCCCGUCGAAGGACCAUUCGCCCGUUGUUAAGGCGAGCAAGCCGGCGACCAGGACGGUUCCCAUUCCUCCCCCCGUGAUUGUUCCUCCUCGCCAGUCGUCCUUGGCGCGCGGCCCGGAACAGCACUCUGACGCCGAAGACGCCGACCACCACCGCCAGGCAUCGCUCUCGGAUCCUUCGUCAGUUGUCGUCACUCCAACGACGAGCAGGGCGACCAACUCGUCUCCAUCGCUUUUUGAGGUGCGUCCUCAUGCCAUGCGUGAGGACAAUGCCUGGGAGGGUGGUUACGAGUCUGCCGUUUCCGACGCCAGCGGCAAGCCCCUGCGUCACGACAUGGUCCCUGCAAUGGAACGGCCUGUUCCCUCUCUGGCUGCCCAUUAG